UUGGCAGCGCUGGACUUCUACACUGACUCCGGUGCCCAGUCAAAUUGAAGACCAAAUCACUGGCCUACCUUACUCUGCCACAAUUAUCAGGGGGAUAGAUGGCCUGGGAAAACCAGUGUGAUUGUUUUGGCUUCUUGCCUGUGGGGGUGGGGUUACAGCGGGUCAUCCACACAGCGAGGUGGCAUGUGCAGUCCAGUUGCACAGGAAAACAAGUUCAGAGGGCUCAGGAAGUCUGCCUGCAGAUGCUUGUGGAAAUGUACCCCCCCCCCCUCACCUGGCAAAGCAUCUUCAGGCACAGCAGGUGGAUGUUCACACACUGUGGAAGAUACACAGCCGCGCAAGGUCUGCUGGGAGCACGCGCCCGCCACCUUCCGCUAGGGUUGCCUCCCGCGCUCGGAGCUUUGCGCUCCUUACGUCACUUCCGCUAGCGUCCCCGGCUAGCGUCCGUGUAACCCUUAGCAACAGUCACCCUCUUCCGCCCGCGGGUCUAAGCUGCCCUGGGACCUUCCACCGCAGUGGCCCCCACACGUGGGCGUGAGCCGCCACGGCAGCUUCUUCACCUCCAGGACGAGGUGCUGGGACACUCCACGGGCGACUAAGCAAGAGAACCUGCCCAGUUAGAAAGGAAGCUACCAUCUGAAGCGGGAAAGAGGAAGAAGAGGAAGAAGAUGUUAAAAAAACUUUAAGCAAUCACCACAGUAAUGGAUGUCUGCCAGAAAACUGACACUGAAUUAGAAAGUAGUAAGAACAAUGAAAUUCAAAGUACAGAAGAAGCUGAAUUAAUAUAUUCUUGUCCAGAUGAAAGAAGUGAAAAGAAUCAUGUUUGUUGUCUUCUCAGUAUCAGUGAUAAUACACUUGAACAAGAUAAAAAAGCUGAAGAGUUUGCUAUUGGAACUGGAUGGGAAGAAGCUGUUCAAGGCUGGGGAAGGACUUCUUCCACUGCCUGCAUCUGGCCCAGGAAGAAGCUAAAGAAGACCAAGCGGGGAGAAAGCUCCAGCAACUGCUUACUCUGUAUCGGUCUCUCUCAAGGGGUUCCUGAGGCCAGGUCUCAAGUGUCAGGAAAGCUAGAGUCAGGGGACCCUGAGAAGGAUAAAGGCAUCCCCUCUCAGACUCAGGGUCAACCCCAAGGCCUCACCAAUGCUUCCAGGGAUAUUAGCAAGAUCUGUUUUCCCACCUACAGUCAGGGAGAGAAAAAAAGCCUGCAGAUAAAGGAGUUUAUUUGGUGCAUGAAAGACUGGGAUACCCCUGAGACUGUUAGGGGAAAGGAUCUAAGAAGUUCCAACAGAGCGCUUGACAAAGGCACCUCCAUGGCAGACUCCUUGACUUCCAAGGCCCUGUUAGUUCUACCUCCCCUGAAGACUGCAGCCCCUAAAGCCUUGGAUGUUCUGGGUAAGAAGAGUACGAACUUUCUCUUGCAGCCAGAAGAGAAGGUGUUAGGUGUGGAAAAGGAUGAGUGUGUGUCUUGUACAUUUGCAUUGAAAUCAUUUGAGGGGAAAAAUGAAAAGAGACCCAUUGAGUUGGCCAUGCACCUUAAGGUCAACCAAAUGACACCCUUCCCUCCCCUGGUGGCUCAGCUGCCCCUGCUGGCGGAUCCGGAUCCCAAGCGGUGCUGCCUACACUGGGCUCUCCUGCCUGAGAGAAACCUGGCCUGCCCCUCCCACCCCCAAAAUCUUCGGUACCUCACUACCUUGCGGCUUUUGCAGAAACAUGGGACGCAGAACUACAGAGACAAACUCAAAGCCAGUCAGCCACGACCUCCCGUGAUCAACCAAAAAUCCAUUGUCCCUGAGGCCAAGCAAGAAAACGAGCCCCAAAAGUUGUCGACUAAACUGCUCACAACACCUCUCUUGCCAUCCCUUUCAGUGAGCAGAGUUAUUCCUAUCUCCACUCACAGAUUCCUCUGAAUUGCCACAAUAUAAUUUCUUGAGAAUAAGCACUGUUUGACAUUCGUUCACACACACACACACACACACCUUUUCCUGCCCCCCCAUUCCAUUAUUAUUGAUCUCCUAUCUAGUCCCCUCCUUUUCCCCCUCCCCUUGUCUUUUUUUUUUUUUUUUUUUUUUUGUUAGUAGAACGAUAGACAAUUAUUCAACUUCACUGUUUGGAUUAUAAUUGAACCUAACCCUCCCCCCAUCCAUAUGUUCCCUGUCUCUUAUUUAGCCAAGAUCAAAAUGCACAUUCAGCCUGUGUCUGCCUCACUUCCCACUGAAACCAAGAGGAGGGAGAGACUAUUCCCAAGAACCUCCCUCAGUGAAGUCCCCAAGUCAGUCUCCAGCUGGCACAGAGGUUCUUUCUGUCCCACUCCUGUGCCUUAGUCAAAAAACAUUGGGCUUAUUUAGCCCAAAUGGUUUACUGGUUUUUCCAUUCAGGCAGCAUAUAUGUUGAUUCAUUUUCCCUUGGGCAACAUAUAAAAAAUGCUUUAAUAGAAAAUUCCAGCUUUCCUUCAGAUGAAUAUCUUUGUAUUCAAGGUGGCAUAUUCCCAUACGUUUGGAUAUAAUCGAUCCAUUGUUGUGAAGGUAUCAUGUAUCAGUGGAUUUAUUAGAUAUAUCCUGUAUGUCCAAAGUGACACAUCCUUAUAUUAUAUCCUUAGACAUACCAUAUCUGUUGUGUCAUAUGUACCUAAGUUUUCAUAUACUUGUAACCUCUUGCUAAGGCUAUGUGUUUAGGAAGUUUCAUUUACAGUUUUAAAAAAUCUAUCCUGACAAACUGGUUAUAUGUAAUGAGUUAUUUGAGAAAAACAUCCCUGUGAUUAUGCCACCUUACAUGCUUUCUCCAGACUUACUUUGCAUAUAAUAUUGAGAAUACCACUUUUUACAGAUAGAUACUUAUGGAAUAAAGCUGUUACUUUCCCCCUU